ACAAGAGCCUACACAGGCCCCUUGGAGCUCAAAAAGCACCAUCAGCACACAUCCUGUGGCACCCCCAGGAACUGUCCUUCGCUUUUUAAAAGGAAGAAGGAAAAGCAAGGAACCAGUGUGAGACAUGAGAGCCAACAGCACCAGCCUGGCAGGAAGGCUCCAGCGUAUGAAAAUGUCACGGAGUUUCCAGUCUAUGCUACCGUGAAUAAACGCAAGAACACAAAGCAGGAUGACAGCAUUCAUUAUGCAGACAUCCAGGUGUUCACCAAGGUGCGGGAGCGCUCUGCAGAAGAGGUGAAGAACUUGCAAAUGCAGAAUGCCACAGAGUAUGCCACCCUCAACUUCCCCCGGCCCAGACUGAAAUACGACAGCAAGAAUGGGACCUUGGUUUAAAAAGCUUGGUAGCCCCUGCCUCCUUCAGCAGCUAAAGGAUUCCACAGAUAUAAAGAUGCUGCAGGCUCAGGCUAACCUUAUGAACACAGCAAGCCUGCCUACAGAGCAGAGCGGCCGCAUCUUCCACCUGCACGAGAACACACACAUUUACUCUCACGUGAGGAGUAGUCACCUCUGGUUCUGCUGGUCAAAAACCAACCUGUUCCCCUUGGCUCUGCACAGCUCUGUGUGGAGUGAAGCAUACAAGAUUCUGUUCUGGGGCAAGGAAGAUGUUGCCAUGGGAUUUUAUGCUGAUAUUAAGAACAGAAUGUGGUUGAUAGUGGGAGGAAAUUGCAUGGAAGUUCUAGCAGUAACUGCCUAAGGAAGUUACUUCUACAGUAACUUCUAAGGAAGACUAAGGUCUUCCUCUGGUACCAGCUGCUGCACACUGCAGUCAUGCACAUCGUGCAUCUCCUUUUCUCAAAAAGCAGUAUUUUCCCACCAUGCACAGCACACUGAGACCAAGGCCAGAAAUGCAGAAUUAACAAAGGGAUACAGAACAGUUCCUUCCAUUGAAGGUGGUACCAAUUGACAUUCUUAUCCCAACAUGCACAGAAGUGAGCAAUGAGCUCUUUUCUCUGAAAAUAAAGAAAACCUGCAGCUUAUCUGAAAGGCAGCCACUUAAAGCCACUGCCUAUAUUUAGGGUAGUUACCCAGUCCUUGAGCUGCAGUAGCUGUUUGCAUGCCUGAGACACUGUGAAUGAAUCCUGGACAAUUUUAAAGAGAGCUUUGCACUUCUUCUCCAUUAAUUUUUUAUUUUGUGUUGUCAGCCUUAGUUAUAAAACCCUGCAACAUAGAGUACAUGCCAUGUGGUGUCUUCUGCUAAAACUCCUGAAGACGCUUUGGAGAAUUUGCUUAUGGGUUUAAAAUAGUGUUAGCAGUGCAGGACAGCAACCGUCCACAAUCUUCUACCACAGGACUGCAUCUGACAGUUGUGUUGGGAGCUGAGAGGGCUCCCAAGCAGUGUCCUCAGGCCCUGAGUCAGUAGUUGGCACAUUGUAUUCCUAAGUAAUGGUCUGCAUGGCCAAACGUGGGUCCUGGAGCAACCUGUUUAUUGCCAGUGUUGAAAAAUGGACAUCUGGUACCUUUUAUAAAUGUGCAGUGUUUUGCAUAUUAUGGCUCAUCUAAAUGCAAAAGGAAAACCAUGAGGGAGUUCCUCCUUGUAACAAAGAAUAAAGCUGGUACGGGUACUGUGUGCUAAGACAGGAGUGCUGUGAGGACCAGUACUACAACCUUUCUACCUGAGCAGGUCUUUUUGCUUGUGCUGUCCAGCAGACAUCAUCAGAGCUAUUAUAAGGCCAGACUAAAGUUUGCAAAAAGGCUUUUUUAAAUAAUGAAUGGGAACAGUCUAUUUUUCUACCUGAACAGGAUAUUUUAUUUUCACCCACGCUAUUGAGCUGAGCCCAGCUGGGCUACUGGAAGGCCUGCAGUGUAAGGCAUAGUCAUUUAGGUUGGAAAAGAUCUCUGAGGUCCCCGUGUCUGACCGCAGCCCAUCCUGCCGUGCCCACUGGGCGCCCUUCAGCGGGCAGCCUGCUGAGGUAUGCCGUGUCCUGAAGGUGGCCCUGCGUUUAGAUCGGCGGUAGCGAUUCGGCUUGAUUGCCAGGCCCCGAACUGAUCAGAAGCCAAAGUCACACGUUCUGAAGUUUUUUCCUAAAAGCCUUGUUUUUGCACUUGAUUAACAGACUCCAGCAGCCUGUGUUGAUAUAUCGAAUGCUCCUUGGACAUUAAAGAUAAGAUUUUUGAUUCGA